AGAGAGAGAGAGAGAGAGAGAGAGAGAGAGAUUAUGCACACAAUGGCGACCGAAGAUAUGUUUCAAAACCUUUGGUUCCUUAUCCGGGGACUAGCUCUCACUCUUCCAUUGGGCCGUGGGGUCACGUGGUAAAACUAACUUUACAAGGGCUGCUCGCAAGUAGGAGGGCUAUAUGGAGCAGAAAAACGACAAAGCUAGAAAAAUACAUUUCCACUGCAGAAAUUAAUGAUCAUGAGCUCGUAUUUGAUGGACUCUACCUACAUUGAUCCGAAAUUUCCUCCAUGCGAGGAAUAUUCACAAAACAGCUACAUCCCCGAGCACAGCCCCGAAUAUUACAGCCGCGCCAGGGACCCUAGCUCUGGUUUCCAGCAUCACCAUCAGGAGUUAUACCCUCCGCGGGCGAGCUACCAAGAGCGCCAAUAUAAUUGUGCAAGCAUCCCUGAACCUGACACGCAAAGGGGACAUGGACUACCCCAUUCUGCGCACCUGCUUGCAGGGAAAGGGCAGCCAGCCUCAUGUGAGACCCCACAGUUACCCAUGUCCCCCAUCACUCCACCAGCUGCAUCCUCCGCCUGCAACCAAGCUACACCUGAGCAUCCAAACAGCUCAGCCUCCUCCAAGCAGCCCGUGGUAUACCCAUGGAUGAAGAAAAUUCACGUCAGCACCGCGAACCCGAAUUACAAUGGACCGGAUUCCAAGCGGUCUAGGACAGCUUACACUCGACAGCAGGUCUUAGAAUUGGAGAAGGAAUUCCACUAUAACCGCUAUUUAACUCGGCGGAGGCGCAUUGAGAUAGCCCAUACCUUGGUUCUCUCCGAACGACAAAUCAAGAUUUGGUUUCAGAACCGCAGGAUGAAGUGGAAAAAAGACCAUAGGCUUCCUAACACCAAAGUGAGAUCCUCCACCACGGGCAUAUCCUCCGGGUCCAACACCACCUCAUCAGUCGGUGUUGUCGCCACUUCCUCGGCCACUGGUAGCAUUACUCCCGAUGAACUGUCCGGAGUAGAGGAUGGCGAGGAUAUUACAAGGUUAUAAGGCGAAAAGAAACCCCCUUUAAGAAGGGGGAUAGAGAAUGACUGAUUAUUUAUAGUAUAUUAUAUAUUUUGUUUUCGUAGGUAUUUGUGCGGUUUCAUUUAAGUCCAAAGUUAUAUAAAAUGCAUGUUAUAUCGCAUGGAUUUAUACGAAUAGUGAUGAGUUAUUUUUACGUGACACAGGGUUUAAGUUAUUUAAUGCUGAAUCAAGAUUAUGUUUUUUUACGAGAAAUGUUUUUUGAAUGAAGGAAAUUAUUGUACAUUUAAUCAAAAUGUUAUUGUGAGCCAUUUGUUUGCCCUACCGCCCAAGUUGAAAUGCACAAUCUAUUUAUUUCAAGCUCAACACUGGAAGAAUGUCAUUAUUAGGCAAUCAUAGUUAUUUUUGGUAAAAAUGCUGGAACGUACCAAUGGAACAUUGAUCUUGAACGCAUAUGUUUAGGAUUAUAACAAGGUGAAUUAGCUCCUUGCUUUCAGAAACAGGAUUUUUAAUUACAAUCUAGUUUGUGGUGUGUUUAGCAGGUUAUUGUGAAAUGCAAUACACAGAGUUUAGUGUAUUUGUUAUAAUCAUAUUGGUCAAUAAAACAGUGGGUGUACUAGUUUUACGCGCGUUUGGAUCGAUUCAUUCAUGGCCAACAGAGUGCAUAUUGUUUUGGUGACUGUGGCUAUUGAUGUGGUGGCCGUUAUAUAAAAUAGUAUAGUCACAAUUUACCAAGUUCUUUAUUGUUGGUUCAGCCUAACAACGCAUUAUUUGUUUGGCAAUGUUUAGCUAUAAAUUGUUUAGCAUAUGCCAAAUAUGAUACUGACGAUUUGAAAUGUUCCUUUAGAAUCGUUCUCGAGGUCGGCACGCGUAUACAGAUCCACCGUUCAUAUUCCCCCCUAAUCCAAUAAUAAUCCAUAAUUCUACUCCAAAUAAAGGGUUAUGG